AUGUGUGCGGCAGCUCUGGAGGAGUACUGUGGGUCCAUUUUUUGGAAUGCUUCAUAUCUGGAGCGACCAGACCCAGACCUCCCAGUAUGUGUGGAACAGACAGUUCUUGUCUGGAUACCUCUGGGCUUCCUGUGGCUCUUUGCCCCGUGGCACCUGGUGCCUCUCUUUAGAAGGCCAAAAGUAAACACAAAGCACCUGUCCAAGCUUUACAUCUGCAAACAGACUCGUAUCCUGGUGACUCAUGGCAUAAGCUUCCUGCCAUACGUGGAUGAAAUAGUGGUUUUGGAGAAUGGAGUCAUUUCUGAAGUUGGAUCCUAUGAAAACCUUCGUGCCAGUGGAGGAGCUUUUUCUAAGUUUCUCGACACAUAUGCCACUGAGCAGAACAAUCAGAGAAAUUCAGAAACAGGUGAGGGCCAGGACGCAGAAGACUUUGAGCUCAUCCCAGGUGGAGACGAUGCCCAACCUGACGGUGCUUUGGAGGACACUGUAUCACUUACACUUAAGCGAGAAAACAGCAUCCGCCGCAGCCAGCGCAAUGGCAGUGUCAGAUUAAGAAGAAAUACUUCUGUAAAAAAAUCUGCAAAUGCUGAUGAACCAAAGAAAGGCCAGAAGCUUAUAGAGAAGGAAACUAUGGAAACAGGACAGGUGAAGCUUGCAGUGUUCCUGCAGUACCUGCGAGCCAUGGGCUGGGGAUAUUCUGCCAUGUUUAGAAACCCUCCUACCUUUACUGCAGGUCUCUUAGUGUUCAUCGGCACACUGCUCCUAGCAAAUGCUUCUGUCGAUGCAUCUCGUAUCCUGCAUUCAAAACUGCUUAACAACAUCCUGCGAGUUCCCAUGGUUUUCUUUGACACCACACCUAUUGGAAGAGUGGUCAACCGCUUUGCAAAGGAUAUUUUUACUAUAGAUGAGGCCAUUCCUAAUUCCUUCCGCUCCUGGCUCCUCUGUUUUCUGGGUGUACUGGGGACACUAUUUGUCAUCUGCCUGGCAACCCCUUUCUUUGCCAUAGUCAUCAUUCCUUUGGCAGUGAUCUACUUCUUUGUACAGCGCAUUUAUGUCGCCACUUCAAGACAGCUGCGGCGACUGGACUCGGUGUCUCGCUCACCGAUAUACUCUCACUUUGGUGAGACGGUGUCCGGCCUGUCAGUGAUAAGAGCCUACAGGCAUCAAGAAAGGUUUCUUAAACACAAUGAAGUAACUAUAGAUGAAAACCUCAAAAGCGUCUACCCGUGGAUUGUGUCUAACAGAUGGCUGGCCAUACGUCUGGAGUUUGUUGGAAACCUGGUGGUUUUUUUUUCUGCUCUGUUUGCUGUCAUUUCCAGAGAUUCUAUUGACAGUGGCCUGGUUGGCUUGUCUAUAUCAUAUGCCCUUAAUGUAACCCAGACCCUCAACUGGUUGGUUAGGAUGACCUCAGAGCUGGAGACCAAUAUUGUAGCUGUGGAGAGAGUGAGUGAAUAUACUGAGCUUGAGAAUGAGGCUGACUGGGUAACUGACACUCGGCCCCCACAGCAGUGGCCAGAGGCAGGAAGAGUGAAAUUUGAGAACUACAAAGUGCGUUACAGACCCGAAUUGGAUUUAGUGCUGCAUGGAAUCACUUGUGACAUCGACAGCACUGAGAAGAUCGGUAUUGUCGGUCGCACAGGAGCUGGGAAAUCAAGUCUUACCAACUGCCUGUUUAGAAUUAUUGAAGCUGCUGAAGGUCGCAUCCGCAUUGAUGAUGUAGAUAUCGCUACAAUAGGCCUGCAUGACCUGAGAAACAGACUCACGAUUAUACCACAGGAUCCCGUUUUGUUCUCGGGGUCACUGAGGAUGAACCUGGAUCCAUUUGACAAGUUCAGCGAUGAGGAGAUUUGGAGAGCGCUGGAGCUCUCUCAUCUAAAGAGCUAUGUAUCAGGGCUGCAGGAAGGAUUACAGCAUGAAGUGGCAGAGGGAGGAGAAAACCUCAGUGUUGGGCAGAGGCAGCUGCUGUGUCUGGCUCGAGCUCUCCUGAGAAAGUCACGUAUCCUAAUUCUGGAUGAAGCCACGGCAGCUGUUGACCUGGAGACAGACAACCUGAUUCAGAACACCAUCCGCAAAGAGUUCUCAGACUGCACAGUGCUUACCAUCGCCCACCGCCUGCACAGUAUCAUGGACAGCUCUAGGGUAAUGGUGCUUGAUGCUGGAAAAGUAGUGGAAUUUGAUUCGCCGAGCAACCUGCUUGAAAAGGAAGGUCAUUUCUAUGCCAUGGCAAAAGAUGCUGGGAUAACAUUAGAAAGCAACACAAAUUUAUAAUCUCUACUUAUACUGUUUUUUUUAGGGAAGAUUUACGGCCACAAUUUUCUGUGUAUGUGUUUUAUUUGUAGGUUACAUUGUGAAGACUGGAUUUUACGUUUAUGUAAAGAAACACUGACAUAUGUAUUGUAUUUAUAGGGAAAAACAGGGAAAACAUAUUGUAUAUGUAACACAUUUUAUGUGUGAAAAAUAAAAUUUAUUU